AUGGAGUGGAGUGGAGGUGGUGGUGGUGGUGGUGAUAGUAGCAGUAGUGGUGAUGGUGGUGGUGGUGGUGAUAGUAGCAGUAGUGGUGAUGGUGGUGGUGGUGGUGAUAGUGGUGGUAGUGGUGGAGGAGGUAGAGGUGGAGGUGGAGGUGGAGGAGGAGGUGGUGGUUGUGGUGGUGGUGGUGGUGGCGGUGGUUGUGGGGGUAGUGCAAAUAGUGAAUGUGGUAGUGCAAAUGGUAGAGUUGGGUGUGGAAGUGAGGGUGGUGUCAUUUUUUAA